AUGAUAAUUGUUGGAAUGGGAUUGAAAUAUUUUGAAGGAGAGAAUUUGAAUAGAAUGAACAAACACGUACUGGAUCAAAUUGAAAAGGAUGUCAAUUAUUUACAUAAAAAUAGCUUUUUCCAUGGUGAUUUGAAUCCUGAUAAUAUACUGAUUAAUGAUAAGGAUCAAAUUAAAAUAAUAGAUUUUGGAGGAGGAGUUUCACCUCAAUAUAAUCCAGAUAGGAUGGAUGGUAAAAAACCUGAUUGGAUUUGCCUAAAGCUGAUUAAAAAAGAAUUUGCUAGUAGUGAAAACCUCCCUGAAUAA